CUUUCCUUUCACUAAACUGCUCAACACCAUCGCUGCCUUUGUUUGUUCAGAUCAGGAACCAUCUCUUGUGUCAAAACUCCCAAUUUUCUCCGAGUGUGUGUGUGUGUGUUUGAGUCAUGCAGCAGCAGCUUCUGCUGAAGUCUGAGGACAAAACGCAAGAGUUUGGUGAAGGAGGUCUGGAGCUUCCUGCUACACAAGCUGAGCGAUGGACGUCAUGGAGUGACGGAGCAGAACUUCCUGUACUGACUCAACCCGGUCUCGGAGUAACUACCACCACGGUGACCACCAUCACUCAGACGGGUGGAGACUGGAGCACGGGUCUGUUUGACGUGUGUGACGACGUCGGCACCUCUUUAGUAGGAGGGUUCAUGCCGUGUUGUCUGGAUGUGAUUUUGGCUCAUCAGUAUGGAGAGUGUUGGUGUCUGCCUCUGUUACCUGCCUCCACUUUUGCCCUGCGGGUCGCCUUCAGAGAGCGUUUCAAAAUCAGGGGCAGUGUGUGUGAUGACUGGGUGACGGUUUUCUGCUGCUAUUCUCUCGCUGUGUGUCAGAUGAUGCGGGAGAUGAAGAGGAGGCUGAAGAGACAGACAUACACUGUUACCACCACACUGGAGAGUUGCUGAGUGUGUGUGUAUGUGUAUAUGUGUGUGUGUGUGUGUGUGUGAGAGUGUGUGUUUGAGAGUGUGUGUGUGUUUGUGUGAGAGUGUGUGUGUGUUUGUGUGAGAGUGUGUGUGUGUUUGUGUGAGAGUGUGUGCGCGCGCUCUUGGAGGAAUAAAUAGCUGAACUGAAGGACUCUUCACUGUUAUGUACGACUCCAGUAGUGCUGGUGGUGACGUGGUGACGUGGUGACGUGGUGACGUGGUGAUGUGGUGACGUGGUGACAUCUGAUCCUGUUUUAUCUUUAGUCUACAUGUCUAAAUAAAUUCUAUUAUAAAUGCAGAAUGUAAUCAGCAGACAAUCAGCUGUUCAGUCACUCAGUAAUCUGAAGAAUCAAGAAGUUAAAUUGGACGUUUUCUAGAUUUCAGAAUGUUAUAUAUAACGUAUAAAGUCAACCAGCUGUGUGUGUUCAAGUGAAGGCUCACACACACACACACACACACACACACACACACACACACACACACACACACACACACACACACACACACACACACACACACACACAUCUCCUUUCUGGACUAAAAUAAAAUAAUUUCUUCAUA